AUGAAACUGUGUUGUGCAACUUUAGUGCUAGUAUUCGUGGUUUUGCAAACAACUGAUGCCAACGUCGCGUCUGUACAACGUUCAACCGCAAUUACAAGUUGGCUUGGAGCAGGGAUACGCCAAUCCGCAUUAAAAUCUUGGGUCGAUAGUGCUAUACCAAUCUACCAACAAGGAGAGACAGAACAUUCAAUAAACGCGCGACUUUUGAAACCGUGGAAACCUGAUGAUGAUAUCUUGAAAGUUCGUUGGAAUCAAGUACAGUCAGGAGCCGACUCUGACGCCAUGAAUAUCUUUGAAAACAACAUGAACAAAGCUGCUGAGCCUAAACGUGGUUCUGCAAAGGCUUUCAAUCAGUCAGACUUUACAGCUUCUCCAGAAUAUAGUGAACAGUAUGAAACGGACUCUGAAUUGAGUGAUAUGAAAGAACAAACUGAUUCGAAAGGCCGAAAAGUACAAGAGACAAGUGGCAACUUGCGUACACAAAGGAGGAACAAUCAAAUCAAGAAACUUCAUAAUCCUUUUCCAAUCCGAAGAAAUGCUUCUCACAGAUCAAAAUCUAAACCACAUCACCAAACUGUACAAACGAAAUCAAAUCAAAUAUUAACCAAGAAGUUAUAUCCAAAUGUUAGUUGUGGCAGUAGUAGUCAUAUCACCGCAUCAUCUGGUCUACUGGAAAUGUGGGAAUCGAAUCAGCUGGCUUUGGCUGAAGCAAAUAGUACAAUUGUACAAUUGAAUAAAGAAUUAAAAGACUGCAAGCUGGAAUUGAAAACAGUUCAAAGACAGUAUAAAAUGCAAGCUGUACGAUUAGAUAAAGCAAUUGGACAAGAAGCUGAUAUGCCACAGAUUAUUGAUCGUUUGAACUCAGAAGUACGUACAUUACAGUUACGGUUACGUGAAAAAACGCUACAAUCAAGUGCAGAUCAAAGAAAAAUUAGUGAAUUGUUACAUCGUGUUUAUCUGUUGGAGAAGUCUACAUGUGAUGAUAAACAAAAUCAGUCGUUCGAUAAUGGUUCAUUACAAUCACGUAAAAAGUCUAAUAAAUCAGAAAAUGCAACAAGUGAAUUAGACGAAGAAAAGAAAAAGAAUUCAAAAUUAAAACAUGAAAUUUAUGUGUUGACCAAAAAUUUUAAGCAACAAAUUAAUUCAACAAAUGAAAAACUUCGAUGUUUACGGGAAAAAUAUCAAAUUCUAGAGAAAAGUUUACAAGAAAAAUCACUACAGCUACAAGAGAAAUCUAAACUGUUAGAAUUGCAAAAUGUUUAUAGUCAACGAAUACCAAAGCAUAUUGUGCUAUCACACUUACAAUCGUCGUCAACACAAGCCCCACCGCCGCCGGCCGCUGUCAACGAUGUCGACAAGCAGUACAACAGGGACAACAACAACCUGUCCAACGACUUUUUCAAAGAUCUGCAAAAUAAACUAUCAACUUCGAGUAAACAUUCAUUUAAUACUACUGCUACUACUAAUACUACUGAUAAUCCAGUUAGUAGUAAAUCUUUUCUCCCUAAAAUCAACUCGAAAUCGAUCUGCUCUCAUGACGAUGGUGAUGACAGUCAUGGAGAUAAUGAUGACGUAAUCAAUGAUAAGUCAUUAAUAAAAGUUGUCAAUAGUCAUGACAGUGGAAAACUCUUGUCAAAAUCAAAAUCAAUCUCAUCUCAAUCGAAUUCACAUGAUGAUGAACAUGGAAAUAAAAAGUCUGAAAAAUUUGAAAAUUCUAAAAAAAUCAAUCGUGUCUCGUCAACAUCAUCAUCAAAAGAUGAAAAAAUCCUGGAUGAUAAUAAAGAAAAUUCAUGUGGUGAAUCCGUUCUCAAAAAUGCCAUAAAUGGUGACCAUGUACAAUUGAAUAAAGAAAAUAAACCAUUAAAUAGGAUUGAAAUAAAACAACCAAAUCAAGAACAAUCCCUACCAGCGGCAGUACAUGAAUAUACUUCGCUGAUGACGAAUCAGAAUGAUACACCAAUACUUCAGACAUGUAAAUCAUUUCAUGAAGAUGAAAUAUUCAAACCAAUCCCUGUAAAUUUAAAAUCUGAAAAAUAUGAAUUCUCUGAAAAUGAUUAUAAUUUAAAAACUAAAAAAGAUAAAAGCGGAAUACAAGAAGUUGACAAGACAGUGGGGAUGAAGCAAAAUACGAAGAUGAAGGAGAACUCAACGAAAAAGAAUGUCGACAUCAACCACAACUGUGAUGGAGACGAUGACAAUGGGGAAACACAACAGAAACUUCGUCUUUUACAAACUCUACAACAAGUUGAGAAAGAGGAGAAAACUAAACAAAAUCAAAAGUUAAAUUUAUUUUCAACAUCACCUCAACAGGUGGUAUCGAAUGAAAAGGAUGAUUUAAUAAAAAAUACUUUUGGGAAAGCAAGAGAACAAGAACUUUGGAAUGAUUUAUUUGGACCGAAAAAACACUCAGAUGGUGCUGAUGUUGAAUGGAUGGUUAAUUCAUCCUCGAAAACUAAUAGCAAUCCACCAAUGAAUAAUUUAAACAAAUUGAACUCAUUCAAUACUAAUACUAAUAUAAACAAUGAUAAGCAAACUAUGAAUGAUAGUAAUUUAAAUAAUAACAAACAUACUCGAUCUUUUACUGUUAAAAAACCAUCAUGGUUAACACCAUCAAAUAAACGCAGCAAUGAAUCAAAUGAGAUUAAAAAACCAAAUUCAUUCACUUUUAUUCAAUCAAAAAGUAGUAAUAAUAGUAAUAAUAAUAAUCAAAAACUAAAUUUAUCAAAAACACCGGUAUCACAGAUAAAUGAUGACUCUGACCUUGAAGAAUUACACAUUUAAACAACUCAUGGAAUAUUUUUUCAUUGGAUCGUUUUAAAAACAGUUGUUCAAUUGUUUCAACAAUACCUUCGGUUUUGUUUUGUUCCUCCAAAAAGAAAAACAGAAUUGUGGGAAACAUUUCAUUGUAUUUAUGUUUACACAUGGAUUUAAAUUAUAUUCAUCAACAGUUAGUGAAUAUUGGACAUUGAAGCAAUCUGAGGUCUAUUGAAGUUUGCAUAUUUUGGAUAAAUUUUAUAUAUACAUAUAUAUAUUUCAGAAAUGUUUUUAGGGG